CCUCCUUUACCCGUCGCCCCGAAGGACAGCCGCUCCUCGUCCUCCUCUUCCUCCGCCCUGUCAUCGUCCCCGUCCUCCUCUUCCUCCGAGGACGAAGAUCACAUCAAGAAGGUGAAGCCGGGCCCGCGGGUCCUCCCGGUCCCGCAGAAGAGGCCCCAGAUCGUGCUCGCCAAACCAGACCCCCCCUGCAAGAAGAAGCGCGGGAGGAAGCCUCUGCACCCGGACCUGCGGGCGCUACGGCAGGCGAAGAGCGGCCCGCCGCCGCCGCCUCUUCCUCCCUCCCCCCCGCCUCCGCCGCCUCCACGCCACCAGGUGCUCCGCCCCCCCCGGGAGGACCCUCGGCCCGGCGUGAAGAAGCCCCUGCAGCCGGCCAGCUUCACCUACACCGGGAUGAGCCGCGCCUCCAGAGACGAGGCCGCCGCCGCCCAGACGUCCGCCAGCUCCUUCUCCCCGGCGCCAGGCGCCUCCAAACCGGGUUCCCUGGGGUGCAUGUGGACCAGCCGGUCCAUGUCUCCGUCCUCCUCCUACAGCAAAACCAGCCCGUCCCCCCAGAGGAACUCUCUGUCCGGGUCUGACACGGGUGGCGGCCGAGGGGACGGGUACAAGGCGUCCGCUCCGAAACAAGGCGCCGUUUCGGGGUCGCUGGGCUCGCACGGCGGCUUCAUGCAAACCCAGCGCUCCCCGCUGGGCCAGCGGCGGCAGGAGGGCGCCACGGUUCCACACCGGCAGCAGAGCCUCUCCAAAGCACCCCCCGCCCCCCGAGACCGGGCCAACCAGGCGCUCAACCUGCAAGCUCUCAACCUGCAGAGCGCCGGCAAGCACCCGGCCGCCAGCAGCCUGCAGGGAACCGGCGGCGCGGUGGCGGCGAGGUCGAGCCUGAGGAGCGGCGGCGUUGGUGUAAAAGGAGCAGCGGGGGGCGUCAAAGAGACUCGAACGUCGGGUGGCGGUGGCGGUGGCGGGCAGCGAGCUGGACCGCCAGAGCACGGGAGGUUCCGGGAGGACAGGGGGGCGGAGACUAAGAAAAUGGCGGGGAGCGGCGGCGGGCGCCUCGAGGACAGGAAACACGCGCUCGCCGCUCAGAACCGGAGCCUGAACGAGCUCAGCACCGGCGACUCGGACGACACGAGCAGCAGCGAGUCGGAGCACGACGCCUCGCCGUUUCCUAGCAACAGCAGACCCAGCCUCGGCAACGGCGCCACGGAGUCCGACACGGAGACGGACUGGCGGCCGGCGCGGAGCCUCCUGGAGCACGUGUCCGUCACCGACGUCACGGCGAACUUCAUCACGGUGACGGUGAAGGAGUCGCCGACCAGCGUGGGAUUCUUUAACUCUCGGAAUCACUGAAGGGCGGCGGCGACGCCACGGCAACGCCACGGCAACGCUCCCCUCCUGUCAGCCCCGCCUCUUUCGUGCUAAUGCUAAUGCUAAUUCUGGGAACUUCUUGUGCCGUCCAACCAGACGAGUUUCUGUGGUUUCAGUAUUCCAGUCAUGUUACGUACGUAGUAGAAAGACAACGCCACGGCGGAGAGACGGCGCCGGGCGGCCGGUCGCCUCAGAGUAUUUGUUGAAACACUCGCUCCGUCUCCAUCCACACGCUUCUAUCUGAAUUAAGUGAUU